AUGGACAGAGCUGGAGGCAACCAAGCAGGCCAAGUGUCGAAGAAAGGAAAGAAGAAGCACGCGAAAGACGAGUCAGACCGGCAGAAGCAGGCUGAGAAGAAGAGGCGCCGGCUGGAGAAAGCGCUUGCAAACUCCGCCGCGAUCAUCUCAGAGCUGGAAAAGAAGCGGCAGCAGAAACAGGAGGAGCAGAGGAGGCUCGACGAUGAAGGCGCCGCAAUAGCCGAAGCGGUCGCCCUUCACGUGCUCAUAGGUGAAGACUGUGAUGAACCCCGCCAGCUGAUGUGGAACGGCCAUAGAGGCCGCGGCCAUCGGGGUGAUUUUGUGGAUCACGAACCGACUCCAGGCGCGCAAGGAGCAGGAGGAGAUGCCUAUCCAUAUGGAAGCCGGUCACCGCUGGCACGGGCCUCUCGUCCCCACAUGCCCCAGUGGAGGCUGACCGACUGUGGCAUGUCCGGGCCGUUCUCGUUCUCAUCGUGGGAGCGGAUGGGCGAUUUUGAGGGGCUAUACUGCAAAGGGACACCCUGUCAGACAGAUCAAGACACUUACUGCCACGGCCUCGUAGCAGCAACCCAAGCCGCCUCUCCAUUCGGAUACGGUUCGGAGGAUCCAUUCCCUGCCCAUGGAACAGAGGGAGCUUCAUCCAUCAACAUCAUGCUGGGCGGUGGCACCAGCAACAGCCUGAACAUCUACAGAAGACAAUUCUAG